GUCUGUCAAGCUUUGAUUUUGACAUCCUGAUGGCAAUUCUGACGCUUGUUAAUGGCACAUAGAAUGGGGCCUGGAAGCCUUACGAAGAUAAGAUGGUCAGCAUUACCUGCAUAUCCAUGGAAGCUUCGCAAAGUGACGAAUUAAAGAGAGGAAAACAAGUAUGCAAUAAUGUUAAGACGCCGUUUGUUGCGCUAUAAUUGAUCUCAAUCAGACGCCAUACUUGCUUCAAUCUUGAAGACUACAAGCUUUUAUGUUGGAGUUAAGGUAUUGUUCUAAAAUUAGGCCGAUUCUCUCGGUUACCAAAUACAAACCAAGUCGACUUCUUCAAAGAAUCUUCUAACCAAGUUUCCAUGUCCGACUACUCCUCAUCAUCAGGUCCAGGGACCACAAAGUCAUCGAAGGGAGCUAAACCAAAAUCACCACGUCGAUAUAGAAUAUGUGGGACUCCUGUUCGAACCGGUUGCAGAACUUGCAAGUAAGUGAACUUUUUUGAGUCAUUCUGAAUAUUUUACUGACUCUGAUUAUAGGAUUCGUCGAGUCAAAUGUGGAGAAGAGAAGCCCUUUUGUAAGCGAUGUACUUCUACCGGACGACGCUGUGAUGGGUAUGAGAUAAUUACAGACCCGAAAAAACCAAGCAGCACGAAGAAGCAAACUUCUAUAUCAACGGUUGUGCAGUCUAAUGCUCUCCAGGAUUCACUAGAGCCGGUUAUUCUGGACUUCUUUCGUGCCUAUACCGUGGCUGAGUUUGCGGGAGACUUCUCCACUGAGUUCUGGGAGAGAAGGAUAUUUCAAGCUGCUACGGUCGAACCAUCAAUCCGUCAUUGUAUUCUCGCGUUAGGCGCAAUUCACAAGAACUACAUCGAAACCUACCAGCAAGCUCAAGCAGCCAAAUACCCAACACCAACUCAAGCUUUCGCUUUUCGCCAGUACACCAAAGCAAUUCGGAUAUUGCGUGAAUCCAUUGUCCGCAAGCCCCACUCAUUAGAAGUGACAUUAAUUUCCUGCAUCCUAUUCAUAUGUUUCGAUUGUCUCGUAGGCGAUCAAGCGGCAGGACUAGUCCAUCUAAAGUCCGGGCUCAGGAUCCUCGACGACAUAAACGCCACCAAUGCUCCCUCAUCAGUCGCCGCACAGUGCGCACGGGAUUAUUCCCCACUGCUAUUAGUAUUAGGAGGACAAAUCGCCGCAUUCAUGAACCCCAAAGCUGGAGUCGACCGAGGAGCCUUCUGGGCAGCGAUGAAACGAGCCGGUUGCUCAACUUCAUCAUUCACUCCUUUCCAAUCUCUCGAAGAAGCUCGCUAUGCAUUAAGGACUCUUGGCGCAGACAUAUUGCACACACGCCAUACAAACUGGAGGCACGUUACCGAAGAGAUGGUCACUAGCGAAUUCGGUCCCAUGGCACGAAGCCAUUACGUAGCGUUAGAAAAUUGGUCCAAUCGACUCAACGCAUUCACUGAAAAAACUUCGGAAAUUUCAGGCACCACAAGCCCCCUCGCUAAAAGACCAAUACGCAUCCGUGGCGCAUCAAUCCUCAAAUCCCACCACCUUCUCCUCUCUAUGAACGCUACUGAAUCGCACACACCAGCGUACAAAUUCGAAGAAAUGCUUGAUUUAUCCGAGGAGCUAGUUCGUGAAGAUAAAGCGUAUUGGAAUUACCGAUCUAUGCCAAGAUUUAUGGUCGAUACUGGACUUAUUGUUCCAGUGGUGUAUACAGCAGUUCGCAGUAAAGAUAUUGAACACAAAAAGAGAGCAAUUGAGAUUCUGGCGCAGGUACCAGGCAGAGAGGGAUUGUGGGAUACGCAGCGUGCGAUUCAUAUCAUAGAGGGGGAGUUGGCGGGUAAGAUUCCGAGGCUAAAGACCCCUUAUUUUCAUGAUUGAGGCGGGGAACGUGAGCAUGAUCUGUGUUUGUUGUGUACGUCAUAAAUUAGGUCACCGUCUCUCAUACCAUAUGGGUGAGCGUAAUGGUCGACAAUGGCGCCCCUGUAUCCCUUUCUUCUUCAUGGCGAUCCUCACUCGACAUGAUCAUUUUAGAUGCAUGUAUGUAUGUUGAUGUAAAAAUAAAUGGAAGGAUCCGACAUUGCAUUUCUGAGCUUUUUAAUAGUCCUUCUUUAGGGCUGUAAAGUAACAAUGUUGAUGUAUCUUAGGUUUGAUUUGAAACGCAAAUUCUAACCUGUUUUUUAAUGUUUCUUGAGGGGGCUUCCUCACAUAUUACACCACU